GUGCAGUCCAUGGUAACUUUGGAUUCGGAGUCACUUCAGCUUUAUGCUUCGCGUCGGACCCACGAAUAUCUUUUUGUUACAGUUUCAUAAUUGUCUCGACCAGCAGUGUGUUUUAAUGAUUUCGCUCGGAAUAUGUUUUAAUCAGAUCAGUGCAUUGUCGUAUCGAAUUAUUACCUGAAUAAGUGUUUAAAAAUGCAUUUUUAAGUGUAUGUACAUAUGUGGCAUGUUAGUGGCGUACAUAAAAAAAUAUGAGUUACCAAUAAAAACCCACACCCAAAAAUAAUUAUUUUUGUUCAAUUCUUCUAAGCUUUUCACCUGUACAGUUCUACAAAAAUGUUGCGCUACCUGCUAAUAGUUUGCGCCUUAAGAAGCGCCUACUGCGGUGAUGUUGAGUUACUAACUCAAACUGUUUAUGGAUUUCUGGAUUUUACCACUACUAUUGGGAAUACUGUUAUGGUGUUCUCGCCCCAAAGCUCCCCAGCCUUUGAACUAAAAGCCAACAAUACACACGAGAUAAUAAAUAUUAUAGAAACUAAACCUAAAGUGACUAAGAAGGAAAAAGAAAAUGUCGGAAUUAAGCCAACGCCUCUAAUUGUGACUCACUCGAAUGUUAAUGUCGAAACUAAAACAUCCCAGAUCGAAUCGUAUAACAUAAGUCUCUCGAACUCGCCCAUCCAAACACUUUUGAAUACCCCCGAAUACGAUUUACUCUCUCGCCAACCUGAGCAGUUUGCCGAGGAAACCUAUCGCCUUGUUAACUUUAAAUCCAAGAACGACGCCGAUCGGCAAAGAAUCUACCAAUCCAAAAAGGAACCCAUUCACGGUUAUCAGACAAGAUCAAGUGAAUUCAAAAGUAUUAUAACGGCAACUAAAGAAUCCAUCAAAUUCUCAAAAGUCUCUCAGGUCCAUGCAGUUUCAAGCGUUGAGAAAAAGAGUAAGCCCCGUCAGACGCGAAUUAACAAGCCGGUAACGCCAUCGAUUCAACCAAGUAAAACUCUCAAGGAGUCAUCUUAUCAGACUCAGAUAUCCAGCAAGCCAUCACGCAAAAGCCAACAAAGCGGUCGUGAUAAUAGGGGAUCGUCGGGCACUAGAAAGUCUUCUAGGCCCAAGGGAAAAAGGAGGAAUAAACAUACCCAAAGUUCCAAACUGGCAAUAACUCCAUCAGUAACAGAAACUACCUCUCGUCACUCAUACCGGACGAAAGCCAAUGCAAAUGCAGUACAGGAAGAACCAGUAUCCGUUGUUAGCCCCAACUCAUUUAAACUGAAUAGGCGUCCUGGAAGAUGGCAGUACAAGUCCUCACCGAAGCCCAAAGUUAACAUUAGAAAAAACGCGAACCCCAAUCUGCCGACCACCAUUCAAAACGAUACAGCACCAAAUGAUGAAAUACCAGGGGAUGUCAUUGCCAAUCAGGCAAUAAACAAUGGAAGAGAUCUAGAGGCUUCUGGAUCCCAAAAUGGCCCUGUUGCUAAUAAUAAUAACGAUGAUCCUAAUUCGAAAUUCUUUGUGCAAACAUUGAACGUAGAAAUAUCAACUCCACAACCUUUUAUUGAUACCUAUUAUGAAAUUGCAACCAUUAAGACACCAUUUAUAUUCCAGGCCGGAGUGGUUAAGAAAACGCGUUUUUUGACCGUCACAUCAACAAUAGAGAAAGUAAUUCAAGAGGAACACACUAAGGAGUAUUCUGAAGACGAUGGUCCUUUGACAGAGAAUAUUUUAGAGGCUACUGCAAGCACCGAUGAUAAAACAUUGACAGGUAGUGUUACGACCUUAAAGCCCAUUUACCUGGGAGAGGAGACGGAGACUCCGAGCUUGGAGACAAUAACGGAGUCCUUUUCCAUAACUCAUACUAAACUGAAAACACAGAUCCUUCCUAUUAUUUUUGAAAAGAGAAACGAAACGAUUCAAAUUACCUUGGUUCAGACGUACGAUUACACCAGCCUCAUCACAGUGACCCAGACAAUAUCGCCGUUGAGCGAUGACUUUAAUCCAUCGAAGAACUUUAAGGACUUUGAAGGAAGCUUGGACGAGGCGGGCUCAGAAAUAAAUUUGGAUCUUGAGUUUGGUGAUGAAGAUAAUACUGGCAAAUUUGACGCAAAAAUCAAACCGAAAAACAAAGUGGAAACUAAGAAUAACAUUACCAACCCAUUAAUACCAUUGAUCCCGGAAUCGAUUAGCUAUCCAGAAACACAGAUAAACAACUUGAUAACUUCAACGCGACCCGUAAUCAAACUAGAAACUAUUUGGGAGUCCCAUGUGGUUCCCCUAGUUAGAGGAACCGAAACCAUUAUGAGAACGCUCUCAAAGUCCGUUGGCGUUGUUGAAAAAACAGAAUACGUUACCGAUGUUGCUACGAUUUCUAUGCCAACUCCAUCCUCACAAUAUCCAUUCUCAAUUAACCCAUUUAAUCCGUUUAACCCACUAUUGCCUAUUCCUCCGCAGCAGUUCAUUACAUCUACUGAGGUUCAGCAAUCCAUGGUAACCGAAACAAGUUCGAAGGUUUUGAAACUAACUUUUGGUGCAAGAACAGCUUACACGACAAUAUUUUCAACCUCCGUCGUCCCAACCGCUGUUACUAGGUUAAUAACAGCUACCAUUCCCGGUCAGCCUGGACAAUCGUUCCCCAACUAUUAUCCGCCACCAUACAAUCCAUUUGCCUAUGUUGGAUAAUUUUAAAAUUCCAUCGAUGUAAGCACGAGCAGCACCCAUCACUCCUUUCUAAUUAGAAAUCCUGUAUUAUAUUUAAGUUCAUGUGCAAAUAUCGAAUGGCGGUGAUACAAAAGCAAUAGAUUUUAUUAGAUUUUAUAUGUACUUUGUCGCAAAAGUUGUUGAUGUAAAUAAUUAAAAUAAGUCUAAAUUAAGAUUACAUCGAAUUUUUUGGAUUAUAAGAUAAGCAAAAACGGUUGUAGUUCGAUUUAAAUGCUGUUAAUAAAUUUGGAACCUUCUAUUCCUGGAUACAGUUUA